CUUUGCUUUUCCGGUGGGAAUAGCGCGCUGGCACCUUUUCCUGGGCAACUGCCGUUCGUCGUCCGUGGCCCUCGGCCUCAGGAGCUCUCCAGGCAGCUGGUCCGUUUUCCGUCCUUCCCAGUGAUGGAGGGAGGCUGUUAGCAUCAGCAGCAGCUGCAGAGCGAGGAGGGUGUCCCAUGGACCUGCCAGAGAGCCUGGAAGGCAGCCCUGCUACAAAAAUGGACCUCGGGGACCAGCCGGAGGAGGGGAGCUUGGGGACGCUGCUCAGCUUAGAGGAGCAAAUACUCAACUCCACGUUCGAAGCUUGUGACCCCCAGAGGACAGGCAUUGUGGCUGUGACUCACGUACUAGCCUACCUGGAGGCAAUGACAGGACGGGGCCCCCAGGAUGCACGCCUCCAAACUUUGGCCUGCAGCCUGGACCCCAAUGGGGAGGGCCCUCGGGCCACUGUGGACUUGGACACCUUCCUGGUCGUCAUGCGGGACUGGAUCACCGCCUGUCAGCUGGAUGGAGGAUUAGAGCUGGAAGAGGAGACCGCCUUCGAGGGGGCCCUGCCGUCCCAGCAACUGCCAUCUGGAUGCCCAGAGGAGCCAGCCAACCUGGAAAGCUUUGGAGGCGAAGACCCCAGACCUGAGCUGCCUGCCACCGCCGACCUGCUGAGCAGCCUGGAGGAGCUGGAGCUCAGUAACCGCAGGCUGCUCGGUGAGAAUGCCAAGCUGCAGCGCAGCGUGGAGACUGCGGAGGAAGGCUCCGCACGCCUUGGGGAGGAGAUCUCGGCCCUGCGCAAGCAGCUUCGCAGUACCCAGCAGGCUCUGCAGUUUGCCAAGGCUGUGGAUGAGGAGCUGGAGGACCUGAAGAGCCUGGCCAAGAGCCUGGAGGAACAGAAUCACAGCCUUCUGGCCCAGACCCGGCAGACAGAAAAGGAGCAGCAGCACCUGGUGGCUGAGAUGAAGACUCUGCAGGAGGAGGUGGCAUCUGGAGACUCAUGCAGCACCUUAGUGCUCCAGGAGGCGGCGGUCCUCACUCAGCAUCUGUGCUCUCUGCUGGUCACAAGAUUGAUGUUUGAUGGCCCAUCUGGUCCUUGGCCUUCGUCACCACUGCACGCUGACAUCCACGGGGAGGCCGGCAUUGCCUUCUGGUCUCUGGACACACAGUGCUUACUGCAUCUGCUGAUGGUGGCCCUUGUCUGGACCCCACAACCCAUGAAGGUCACUGGGGUUCUCUCUUGGCCGCUUCCACACCCUUCUAGGGGCACAGAAGAGGUUCAGCUGUUCUCCUGUGACUCUUUCUGGCUACAGGGUCCUCACUGGGCCCUCUCUGCCUCACCUCCUCACACGGCCAUCUCAAUUCUAUUAUUCGCAUGCCUUGCAGGUUCUGCGAGUGGGAUGGGAAAUGCCUCUCUCAGAUUCCCAGGUGUCCCAGGGCUUCUGUGGUUCAAGUGCAUCCACCCUUGCCUCCCCUCACAGCUAACCCGGGGCUUGGGAUGGCUCAGGGACUGUUUUCUCUCUGUUGCCCUCUCCUUUGACUUCCCUACACCCUUCCCCCAGCCCUAAGGCUCUCUGCCCAGUCCAGGCAAUGAUACUGGUCCUGCCUGGUCCUCCAAAAUCUUAUCCUACAUCUGCAUUAUGGCUUUUACAUUUAAACCCAAAGAUUUCCUACUAUCGUCCUCUGCCUCUUCCAUGAAAAUUCCCUCCCUUUGGGCUUUGGGAAUCUCGCUGCAGGAUGGCUGCCACAGUAUAAAGCAUGAGGUGCAGACAGGAGGUGACUGUUUCUUCUAGGAACUUCUCUUUUUAAGAACAAGGAGAAACUUUCCCCAAAGCCUUAUGGCAGAACCUCCCUCAUAGCUCACUGGCCAAAGUGGCAAAUGAUUAUAGCCCAUCUACUCCCUGGCAUGGGUACCACAGCCACGCAUAGAUCUGGAAUACUUUCAACUUCAAGGGAUAGGACACCGGAGAACUGGUGGUUUCAGUCUGAAGGACACUCAUUUCUUUAACAAGAGGUUUGGAAGGUCUCUGGGUUGGUUCAGUGGCACUUUGGCUUGUUUGUCUGACUGUGGCCUCGCUGUGAUCACAGGUGGCUGUAACCUCGUUCUCAUUCAAAGCAGGACAAAAGGGCGAGGGGGCCCAGCAAAUGCUCCUCUCAUGGCUCUGUGUUCAUCAGAAGGAAAAGCUUUUCCAGGAGCACCCAGAAGACCUCUCUUAUCUCUCACUGGCCAGAAAUAGACCACAUGACUCCCCCAACUGCAAGGAAGGCUGGGAGAAUGUCCUCAGUCUCUGGAUGGGGAGAGAAUGACUACUGGAUUAGCUAACUAGCCUGGUCUCCUGAAUUUGCCGAUAUUUCCAUCUUGAUUCACACCCUCAGGGCUGAGGCUGGGACCUACCUGCCCGAGUAAAGAGAGGACCCCCAGCGACAGCAGAAGAAGAUAUAAGCAGGGUGGAUGGCAGCCAGCGGUGUCUGCCUCCUCCCGGUCCAGAAGGCCUGCUGGCAGGUCAAGUGCCUUGAGCAGUGCCUGGGACAUCCUAGGCGCUCGAUAACUGGAGCUAUUCUUGGAUCCCUCCCCUCCAUCUUUCCCCUCACUGGCAGCUGCCUACAGAGCAUCUAUAGAUCGGGUUCUCAAGUUACAGCAGAAUAAUGCUGGAGUAAGGGACACUCAGACACUCAGCUUUCCUAGGGAGAACCUACAGAGCAGGGCUCAGGUUACUGCAGAAGAAGACAGGAGCGGCUGAGUAACCAGGUUCCCUGCAGAGUAGCCUGGGAUCCAGCCUGCAAAUCCCGACCAGGUGGACAGAUGUUGACACAGCAUUCCUGGCUUGUCCUUCCUCCGCCCUCCACCUGGCAGUCCAGGCCCGCUGAGACAGAGGGAUGGAGGGCAGCGAAUGGAGGACUUGGAGCCAAGCUGGGCUGGAGAGAAGGAGCUGGCCUUGGUUAUCCCCAGGGGCACCAGGAGGAGAGGUGGCGAGGGAAGUGGACUGCCUCCAUGCCCCAAAACGCUUUUCCCCGUACUGCCUCACAUAAAAGCACAGUGCAACUUGCUAGGCUUUUCGUGCCCAGAAACUACGCUAGCAUUUGGACCAUUUUAUUCUCAGUUCCCAUUUUGUGGUCGGCCCUGCCCACUGCCCUAGCCUCCUUGUGCCCUCCCCUUCAUAAUGCUCCUCACCCUUGAGGACUGAGCCCUGGCCUCCUCAGGAAGCCCCUCAUCUGGGCUCCCACAGGUCCUAGUCCUUAUCCGAGCCCACGUCACGCAUUACCAUCAGCUUCCGCAUUGGUCUCCACCUGUAGUGAUGAGCUGCUUGAGGUAAGGGAUGAAGCUGGUUCCCCAUUCUCACCCAGGGCUGCAUCUGGCUCUGGGGAGAGUACGACGGUUAUUCCAGGAUUUGGAGUCAGAUUUGGGUCUGAGUCCGCGUACCACGUGACCUUGACCAUGUUUCUUAACCUCUCUGUUCAAGUUUCACUGUAAAAUUGGGGAUGAUGACAGUAAAAACAUUGUUAGGACAGCCAGACAUGACCUUCUUCCUGAAUGGGACAGUGUGACGUGUAUGGCAGCCCCCAUGAAAUCUGCCCACCAAAAAGCAGAAUAAGAGUCUGGACAAGGCCCUGAAUCUACCCACUGGUUUACAGGAAAUAAUGAGGAUUCAAGAAGAUGGUGAACGUCACUGCAGGAAGGAGAAACAAUAAACCAAAUCCAAAUGCACCAGUUCUACAGGACAAAUUA